AUGAAGAACUUCGUCCAGAGGCCAAUCUGGGAUUGGGGUGAGCAGUUCAGCGAACAAGACAUAGCCCUGUUUUACAAUCCGCUGUACGUUGGACACAGAUCUAUGGCACCAUCGCAAAGACUAUCUAUGGCGUCUGUAUGCAGUCGACGGUCAGUAAACGUGACCAACGAGAGCGGUCGACUAGAGCCGUGUACAAAUAUAGCUGCCAUAGAACUGUGGUCACAGUGUUACGAGAGGUGGUUGCCUCCCUUAGAUGCGCCCGGCGCGGGAAAAGUCCAGUAUUAUCUUUACAACUGUGCUCUCAGGACACAGAUACAAAAACUCAACGCUCGGCUGUCCUCUCUAUCAAUAAUGAACGAUAGAAACGGCGACGACUGCGAAUCAGCGCCCGCUGCUACGAAUACGCCGGCACUUACGCGCUUUUACCCGUUCAGCCUGAAGACAGCUGACAAUGUGACGAGGAAUUUGGACGCCAUGCAAGUCAGCCUCAUUGACGCUACGGAACUCUUGGACUCGCAGAGUCUCUUGAACGCUCCGGACUAA